UCUCUUCCAUGUGUCCGCAUCGCGAGAGAACCUGUGAGACCACGAGCCGUGGAUCGCGUGUCUGGAAAUAUUGUUUUUAACAAAUGUAGCGAGCUUUCGGUUACGGUAAGGUGUAGUUGUACGCAUAACAGUUCAUUAUCGCGACAGAUCGACGAUUCCACGGCGAGUAACGGUAUAUCGCGAGCCGGUUGCCGCUUUCGUUCAGCAGCUGGUCCGGUCUCGACAAAGCCGCGCGAGACUAUUGUCUGUGCAUCCAAUUGACGAACACGCGCCAAUACCGCAACGUGCGUGUACAUUUAUGCGUUGCGAGAUACACGCGUAUUUCCUCGAUCGUUCUACCGCACGUGUGUGCUCAGAGACAAAGCGCGCUUUCGAUCGUAGCGUCUACGUCAACACCGAACGAGUGUCAGACUUCAGGCCGUACACCACGCUUGACAUAUCUUCACGUAAACCCUCGACUGAUUCUGACUCUGAGAAUCUUCUAAUGGAGACUGAGCAACGUUAUCUCGACGAGCCAAGCAUUCCUGAAUUCUGUACAAAUACAUAUAACCCAUCGCCAAGUGAAAAGAAUAUGAUACCAGAAGCAUAUGAAGUCGAUAUGCUUAUUAAUGAAUAUUAUAUGCUAGAAUAUAGUAGAAAUUUUUGGCCAGAUGAACACAAGAAGACACUUAUCUCACAACAGUUAGAAUCUUCACAAUCUACAGAAUCGACAAUACCUAUUAAGCAAGAAGAAGAUAACUGGUUUGAGACCCAUCUGAUGGUACAGGAAAUGUUUCCGGAAUUGGCAAAUAUAUAUAUUCCUGACGCAUUACAUGGUGUAGAAACUAUACUUCCAGAACCGCAGGAAGAGUUGCAUGAUGUAAAACCUGCACUCGCAGAACCAUGUAAAGAAUUACAUGAUGUAGAAACUACACUUGCAGAAUCACAGAUUAUAAAAGAAGAAACAGUUGAAAUUAAAGAAGAAAAUGCAUGUAAGAAAUUAAAUAAUGUUUCGCUCAAAACUGAAAUAAAAAUUGAAGAAGAAAUUAAUAUAGAAACUGAAAUUAUGAAUGAGCCCACAACAUCACAAAAAGCAUUGGAAUCUCUUAAGAGAAAUGCAAGUACUAAGAAAGUCAAUUUGUGUUCAAAAAAGAGAAAACUGAAAACAGAAAAUGUAGUUACAAAAACUAAACAAGAGGAACAAAAAGAGAAUGUAGAUAUUGAUUCUAUAUCAAAUAUAACACAAGGUAAAGUUAUAGAAGCUGUUGACUUAUCAAGUCUAUUAGAAAAAUUUGAAGAAAUGGAAAAAUUGGCACCGUUACCAAACUUGCAUAAUAAACCAACUAUUAAAGACAUUCCUUCACAUCGUGCUAAAUCAACAAAAAAAACACAAAAUAGACCUAUUAAGCAACAGAGUUAUCAAAAUAACGUGCCCAAGAAAUCUCUUAAACACACUUCAAAUCAACACAAUGUCAACUCGAACUCGUCACAAAAACCUGCAGAAAUGACAAAGAUUCCAGAAUCUAAGAAGAUUGUCCCUAAUUCUGUCAAAAAUGUCUCUUCAAUAAACAUUGAGCACGACUACUGCAUUGUUUAUACUGACAACAGCUCAGUGAAAAAUGAUCAUAUAUCUAAAGCACACACAAGCAAAGACACAGUAACGACUAAAGAAGGCAAUAUACCAACAGGUUCUUCUUUAUCUAAUAAACAACCGAAUAAUCACAGUUGGACAAACAUUAAUUCCGCUCUUGCCAGAAAUAUUUUAAAGUCUCGACAGAAAAUAGAAGUUCAAACAGGAUCAAAAGUGCAACAGAUGGUCUCUGUACUAAAAAAGCCACCGAAUCCAUUGCCAAACAGUACCAAACAAUGUUCACUACCAAAUAAUAUGAAAGAAAGCAUAAUGACUAUCACUAACAGCUCAAGCGGCGAAAUUCAAAAUAUAAUCCAACAAAAUACACAAGAGAACAUGCCAUUGCAAAAUAUAAAACAACCUGUCCGUAAGAUAGGACUUGCAGAAUAUCGGGAAAAACAACGAUUACUCAUGAAAAACACAAAACCUUUAGUACAAAAAAAAGUCGUUUAUACUUAUAAUGCAUCUACCAUGACUGCAUCUUCUUUAGAAGAUUCUUCUAAAAAUGAAGAUAGAAAAGAUUGGUCAAUGAGAGAAAUUGAUACAGUCAUAAUAUCAGAAACAGAAAAACAGAAAAAGAAAGAAUUUUGCAACGCAUUUACACAAACAUACAAAACUAUAUUUGAAUUUUCCAAAAGCUCGACGGAAAACGAAAGGGACAAUAUCGCAGAAAGUAUCAGCGAAAGGGCCAAUGUCGCAGAAAGUACCAACGAAAGGGACAAUGUUGUAGAAAGUACCAGCGAAAAGCCCAGUAUCGCAGAAAAUACCAACAAAAGGGAUAAUGUCGUAGAAAGUGCCAAUGAAAGUGGGUCGACUCAAACGGAAUCCAGUACUAAAAGGAAAAGUAGAAGUAGAAGUAAAAGUAGGAACAAAAGCAAGACAAGGACAACAAGUAAGAGCAAGAACAAGAGCACGCACAAGAAAAGAAGAAUUGAGCGCAAACAUAAAAGCAAAAACCGGCAUUUAAGCACCAGCUCAAGCAGAAGUAGAAGUGACAGCAGAAGUAGAAGCAGAAGCAACUCCCAUAGUCACCACCAUAAAUACAAUAGGCGAAGAAGUCGCGACAGCUCAAGUUCUUCUUCUUCUUGUACGUCCAAUACCAGAUCAAGGAAGCGUUCCCGUUCUAGCUCUUACAACUCGAAAUCUCCUUCAAGAUAUUAUUCACGUCGUUCAAGAUCGCCGUCUGCCUCAAGAAGUAAAAGAAGUAGAAGAUGGUCAAGCGAUCGUGAACGACAGUACGAUAGAGAUCAAAAAUAUAGGAGAGAAUCCCGCAAAGAUCGAGACUUAAGAAGCAGGUCACCUCCACAAUAUAGCCAUCGACCUUACAACGAGAGAACCCGUAGGGAAUGGCAACGGCAAGUGGAGGAAAGGCGAGUCGUAUACGUGGGAGGCAUUGAAGAUGGAACCACAAAAGCCGAACUUCGCAAACGUUUUGAAAAGUUCGGUCGUAUUGUGGAAGUUAGUCUCCAUUUUCGUACACAAGCUAUAAAUUUCGGCUUUGUCACAUUCGAAUAUAAAGACGAUGCGUACAAAGCCGUAGAACACGGUAACGACGGCCAAGCUCUCAAGUAUCAUCUAUCUUUCGGGGGUCGUAGAGCUUUUUGUCAAGUCAACUAUGCGGAUCUUGAUGGUAGUGGAAGUUCAUACGGUAAUUCCAACUCACCGGUGGACAAUAGCAGUUUUGACGAUCUCUUACAGCAGGCACUGAAUCGUCAAAAAUUGGUUUGACAAUUGUGUAUAUAUAUAUAUAUUGUCUAAUGAUUGUAAAUUUUAUUUAAAUAUAAUUAAAUAUAUAUAUAUAUAUAUAUAUAUAUAUAUAUAUAUAUAUUAAAUGUAAAUAUAU